UGAAUGUAAUGUAUAAGUAAUUAGGGCUGGGUUUUAAUAAAAGGGUACAAAAGACUUUUCACCUUCCAUUUCCUUAGGAUUUUGACGUUUAGACGAGAAGUCUUCAUUUGUUCUUCUUCGUUGCUUGAGAUUACAGAGCUCCAUACUUCUCAGCCAUGGCGAGAUCCACGAGCAAGGACGCGCAAGCUCUUUUCCAAUCGCUUUGUUCAGCUUAUGCCGCCACUCCAACAACUCUCAAGAUCAUUGAUCUUUAUGUGAUUUAUGCUGUGUUCACCGCUCUGAUCCAGGUAGCAUACAUGGCAAUUGUAGGAUCGUUCCCGUUCAACUCUUUCCUCUCAGGUGUUCUUUCUUGUAUCGGGACAGCUGUCCUUGCUGUUUGUCUCCGGAUCCAAGUUAAUAAAGAAAACAAGGAAUUCAAGGAUUUGGCACCCGAGCGAGCUUUUGCAGAUUUCGUCCUGUGCAACUUGGUUCUCCAUUUGGUGAUUAUCAACUUCCUUGGUUAAAAUACCUCAUUUUGGGUUCUACUUCUUUUCUUGUUUCCUUUGGAGAAUUUAUUUCAGCCCAGGAAAUAGCUUAUGCUAGAAAUUCCCCAUCAAACUUAGCAUUUUAGAAGGAGGAAAAGAGAAAAUUUCUACAUCUUAGUUAAUGGCGUUCUGAGUUAUUUUUCUA